AUGUCGUCUUCCAAGUGCGCCGCCGCGGGGAAGCUCCUGGCGCCAUUUUGUAAGUUAGCCUGCAAGCUUGAGCGGCGCUCGGCGAGAAAGCUAAGCGCAGUUGACGCCGGUAUUGCCAAGGCGAUUGCGGAGCACGACGCCAAUGGAACCGAUGCAGCAGUAAGCAGCACGAAGCGUUACGUCUACGAACAGAAGCAACUCCUGCACUAUCGCGUCGUGCGGUUCUUUGACGAGUGCCGCUACCUGGUUUCGGGAGAGUAUUUCCGCACGUACAGCUUUGUGAACUUCAUUUGGGACAUUCGUUUCCUCACCAAGUUCCUGCUGCUGUUUAUUUUUGGCACGCUCUUUGGUCGACAGAGCAUCUUCCCACCUAUCGACCCCAACUCGCCACUCGCGCUCGCGCUGGAGACAAAGGUGAACCCGAACUACUAG